AUGACCGCCCCUGGGACGCUAGCAGAGAUGCCCAGACAGUUCCCAAAGUUAAACACGUCUGAAGUUGAUGAGUCAGUGAGAAUCUUAGCUGAAAAGGUUUAUGCCAAGGUUCUUCGAGAAGAAGAUAGCAAAGAUGCCUUGUCACUUUUCACUGUGCCUGAAGAUUGUCCUAUUGGGCAACAAGAGGCCAAAGAAAGAGAACUUCAGAAGGAAUUGGCAGAACAGCAGUCUUUGGAAACUACCAAAAGGAAGAAAAGUUUCAAGAUGAUUCGAUCCCAGUCCUUGUCAUUACAAAUUCCAUUGCAAGACUGGAAGCCUCCAUCAGCUACUCCAGCUGUGUCUCCUCCUACUCCAGUUCUUCCAGGUGCCUUUCAGCCUAUGCAAGGGACAUACGAUGUACCAGAAUUUCAAAGAGUUACAAUUAGUGGGGAUUACUGUGCUGGGGUUACAGUUGAUGAUUAUGAACAAGCUGCCAGAAAUUUAGCAAAAGCUUUACUUAUUCGAGAGAAGUAUUGCCGCUUUGCUUACCAUCGUUUUCCAAGGACAACAGCACAAUAUUUAUGUAGUAUGAAAAAUGAAAAAUGGAAAACUGAAGAUGAAGUACUCCCAGAUUUCCAUCCACCACCAAAAGAACUAGUGGAUCCUUACAAUCUUGAUGAUUCUCCAGGGAAUUUAGACUAUGUUGUAAAGAUGAAGGAUGGCAUCUUCUUAGUUUUUGAAAACAAAGACAUGAUGGAAAUUAAUGAAUCACGAAGUUUGCCUUACCCUGAUCGGCACACCUACACCCUUGACCUCAGCCAUGUGCUGGCUCUUAUUGCUGAUGGCCCAACGAAGACAUAUUGCCAUAAGCGGCUUAACUUUCUAGGAUCUAAGUUUGGAUUACAUGAAAUGCUAAAUGAAAUGUCUGAACUAAAAGAACUGAAGAUUAACCCCCAUCGAGAUUUUUAUAAUGUGAGAAAGGUUGAUACCCACAUCCAUGCUGCUGCUUGCAUGAAUCAGAAACAUCUACUGAGGUUCAUUAAGCACACUUAUCAAACGGAACCCAACAGGAUAGUUGGGGAAAGAAAAGACAAGAAGCUGACUUUGAAGCAGGUGUUUGAAAGCCUACACAUGGAUCCCUAUGACCUCACUGUAGACUCACUAGAUGUCCAUGCAGAUCGUCAGACAUUUCACCGGUUUGAUAAAUUUAACUCCAAAUACAAUCCUGUAGGUGCAAGUGAGUUGAGGGACUUGUACUUGAAAACAGAAAACUAUCUUGGUGGUGAAUAUUUUGCUCGGAUGGUGAAGGAAGUUGCCCGUGAACUAGAAGAAAGUAAAUAUCAGUACACAGAACCUCGGCUGUCUAUUUAUGGGCGUUCCGCAGAUGAGUGGCAGAAUUUGGCUAAAUGGUUCAUAAGGCACAAAGUUUAUUCACCUCACAUGCGCUGGAUUAUUCAGGUCCCAAGAAUCUAUGAUAUAUUUAAGGAAAAAAAUAUUCUGCCUAACUUUGCGAAAAUGCUGGAAAACAUAUUCUUACCUCUGUUUGAAGCAACCAUCAACCCCUUGGAUCAUAAAGAAUUACAUCUUUUUCUUAAAUUUGUGACAGGGUUUGAUAGUGUGGAUGAUGAAUCAAAACAUAGUGAUCACAUGUUCUCUGAAAGGAGCCCCCAUCCUGAUACUUGGAUUAGUGGAAAAAAUCCUCCAUAUAGCUAUUAUUUGUAUUAUAUGUAUGCAAACAUCAUGGUUCUCAACAAUCUUAGAAAGGAGAGAGGCAUGAGCACCUUCUUGUUUAGACCUCAUUGUGGAGAAGCUGGAUCAAUAACUCACCUGGUGUCCUCCUUUCUAACUGCAGACAAUAUUUCCCAUGGAUUGCUCCUAAAAAAGAGUCCAGUUCUCCAGUAUCUUUAUUAUCUUGCACAAAUCCCCAUUGCCAUGUCUCCUCUUAGCAACAACAGCUUAUUCCUGGAGUAUUCAAAAAACCCACUCCGAGAAUUCUUGCACAAGGGACUGCGUGUUUCUCUGUCCACAGAUGACCCCAUGCAAUUCCACUAUACCAAGGAAGCACUGAUGGAGGAAUAUGCCAUAGCAGCCCAAGUAUGGAAACUGAGUACUUGUGACCUAUGUGAAAUUGCAAGAAACAGUGUACUACAAAGUGGCUUGUCACACAAGGAAAAACAGAAAUGCAUAGGUCUAAAUUACUGUGCUGAAGGGCCAGAAGGAAACGAUAUUAGAAAGACAAAUGUUGCGCAGAUUCGAAUGGCUUACAGAUAUGAGACUUUAUGCAAUGAACUGAGCUUUCUGUCUGAUGCGAUGAAGACAGAAGAGAUUACAGCACUGUCAAAAUAGCCACAACCAACAAGUCGGAACAAAAGAGAGAAUGAGCUUUUGCAGGACAGAAAGUCAUCUGAUCAUCAGAAUUCUUAGAUUACACCAGUUUCUGCAAAUGCUUACCUUUAAUAGGACUGCUGUAGAUGCCAAGAUGCAGGCUUCUAGCUAUGUUGUUUAUACAUUUAGAAGUACAUUCUAACUCUAGUCAUUAUAGAUUUGCAUUUCAAGAUACAUAACGUUCUGCUUUGAAAAAAGGGACACAGGACUGUAGCUUUUGGUAGCAUACACAGACCAGUUUUCUCACAAUUUUUCUCAUAUUGGAUUGCUGGCACUUUAAACAUUACCUUCUGUUUAGAUUUCAGGUGUCUGACUGUACACAGUACUAUAGUGUCUGUUAGUUAACAAAGAUCAUCCUGGAUUUAGCAAUUAAAAUCUAAUAUAACCAAAGAUCAGCACAUCGUUCAUAGACGUUCAUAGUGGACAUACAAAUACUUGGAUUUUCCAGAUGGGCCCUUUAAUUGAAGAGUAAUUUGAUAUGGCAUCCAGGUAUUUUUCAGAUACCUGAAAAAUGCAAAUCAGAUAUUGAUAUAUCCACCAGGAUUUGCUAUAUGAUACAGUGGAGCUUUUCAACAGAUCCAUAUCAACAUGCCACUUUAUUCAUCAUUAUGAGACUUGUUCCACACCUUGGUUUUUCCAGUAUAGAAGAUUAAGAACUUUCUUGUCUAUGUAUUAGGGGGCAGAUUUACUUGCAAAUAUGUAUUCAUGCACAUUAGAAUACCAACAUUGGCUAAAUUCACUUUGUUUGUUGAAUAAGCCACAGUGACUUUGACAUACAGUGCUAAGUUUUAAAGCAGGUUUAUACUUACAUCAGCAAGAUUAAAUAAUGUUAACCAAAACCAAACCAAUCAUAAUUUGGUAUAAUGUAAGGUGUGAACGAAACUGAUAUAACAGAAAGCUGACAUAUGCAUAAACUUAACUUGCAUUUUGUAGUUUGUAUAAAAUGCACUAAAAUGAGAUGUUUGAUCAUUUAAUAUGCCAUGUAGUGUAAGGAGUAGGUUUCGUUGCUAUUUCAUUACUAUGAUGUAAAAGUGUGAGAACUGGAAUUUAAUGAUUUAUCAACUGCUGUAGGUAGUGUUAAAAUUUUUUAUAUGGAGUUUAUUUUAAAUAUGCAAACUUCAAAAUGAAGUAUUAGAGGCAGUUUCGGUUCUGGAAAGCAGUUUUAUUUAAUUACUGCUGAUGGCAGUAGUUACCUGUUAGCCUUUUGAAAUACAGCAAAGUAAUCUAAAAGGGAAGAUAGAAAGUAAAAUUUGUCAUGAAUUCUGAACUAGGAAAAAAAGGGGGGUAACAAAUUUAUCUUCCUGCACUUAUGCCUUUUCUAAUUUAAGUAUUACUAUAGUGUGGAAAAAAGUUUUACAUGUUUUAAUACAAAUUGGUUGGGAAGAUAUUUCAUAAGUGCAGUUAUUUUCAUUUUUUCUAUCCAGAAGAAUGACUAUCCUAUCCAGGUUUACUUCACAUCUGUUGAAAUGUAGCUCUCCCAAUACAAUAAAUGCAAUUUGUUCACAGAAGCGGGGGCUCAGGCACCUUUCCACAAAAUAAUUAUAAAGGCAGCUCCUGUAUUUGGAACUUAGCAUUCUAUUUUGGAAUACUGUGGCAGAUGAAUAGGUACUAUCAGCUUUGACCAAAGAUGACCAUGAGAAAUUACAUUUUUAUCUUUGUUGGCUAAUAAAAAUUUAAGAACUUGACCUUAUAGCCAGUUUAUCAAUGCUUGACUGAUAACCUAAAUUUCAUUUCACUUGAGAAGUGAUUUAUUUUGAUACUAGAAAAUCUCCAUUAUGUAAUUAAAGAACAUAUCUGAAAGUUUUAGUUUCCUUCAGUACUUCUGAGUGUUCUUUUUAUACUAUUACUAGCCGAUAACCCGCCAUUGCCCGGGUAUUUAUUUACCCCAAUCCUGUAUUAAGACAGGAAAAUCUUGUAGUCUGGAUUCACACUGUUGUACUGUCGUGCGUCACAAUUCUUCUAUUCCUCCACAAGAGGGAGCCCUGUGAAGCCAUUACCAUAGCAGAAGCCAUUUUAAGACACACACACACACA